CUCUACUUUCAGGGGUACAUUCACGAGUUGGUUCAGUAUUUCAGUUCUGGUCGACUCGAAGGGUCCUCGCUGAACCGAACGCGCGGUCUCUCCGAUCUCCUCUCGAUGAUAUCAUUGGUUUUGUGAGAAAGACAUGACCAUACAAAUGGAGCGGGUUCCUAUCGAAUAUCUAUCAGACCGUCCCCCUCCUAUGAAUUCAGCAGUUUUUGGCAAAUUCACAGAUCGCGUUUUUUUUAAAGUCCCGUUGUUUCGUGACGCCAAGUAUUUUUGACCUUUCAGUAACGUAAAGUCGUCGUUACGAUAGUAACGUAAGUGUCAUCGAGUAAUUUGAACAGCAAGUUAUCUCUGCACCAAACAGCGAAGAAAAUCUGAUGCACUAUGGACGAUCGCACGAUAGAUUUAAUCUUCUCCGGCUCGCUGGAGAGCCUUCCGCCAGUCAGCUCCAAAAUUGUUCGGAUAUUCACAAGCUCCACAUUUACAGAUACUACGAUGGAGAGGAACACUCUGAUGGCACAGUGUUAUCCGAAAUUAAAAGACUAUUGUCGAGAAAAACACGGACUUGAAUUUCAGGUGGUCGACAUGAGAUGGGGUGUGAGGGACGAAGCAACGGAUGAUCAUAUGACCACCGAGCUAUGCAUGAGAGAGAUCCAAAAUUGCCAGCGGUUAUCGAUGGGCCCCAACUUCGUGGUAUUUCUCGGACAAAAGUACGGUUACCGGCCAAUUCCAACGUAUAUCUUGUCAUCUGAGCUGCAAAUGCUACGUGAUGAACUUGCGGCUGGUGGUACUGAUGUGACACUCUUGGACACAUGGUACAGGAAAGAUGCGAACGCUGUACCUCCUGUCUCUGUCCUCCAGCCUAUAUCAUCCAUUCUCAUUAAUUUCAAUAAUAAGAGAGUCCCAAAAUUACAACAGCAUGACCAAGCAGUUUGGUGGGACACAUUGGCAAAAAUGCAAAAACUCCUUCGAAAAGCAGCGCAGAGUCUAGCCAAUAGUGGAAAAAUUGAUAAGGAUAUAAUGCAUAAUUAUUUCAUGUCAGUUACUGAACGAGAGGUCAUUAAUGGUAUUCUGAACGUCAAAAACACCAAAAAUCAUUGUUUGGCGUACGUGCGAUAUAUUAACAACAUCAAUCUACAGAACCUGAAAAAAGCAUCUCUUUUCUUGGAUAUUCUGAAUCGUAGUUUGGAUACUGAAGCAGCGAAGCUCCUGGCAAAUUUGAGAGAUGAACGGCUCACUGCAAAAAUUGAGCAAAGUAAUUAUCAGAGAUACACUGUCGAAUGGAUCGGCCGGGAAGGAUUGGACACAGAAACACACGAAGAAUACUUAAAUCACUUUAUCACCCAUUUUUAUAAAAACAUUACGAAAUUGGUCGAUCGAGCUAUGAGAAAGGAGGAUUCAAGUGCUCAAGGACAAAUUGUUACUGAAAUUUUGCAGCAUCUUCAUGCGUGUAAUAACUCUGUCGAAGUUUUUUAUGGACGCGAAGAAAGCAUACAAAGGAUCAAAGAUUACAUGUAUAAUGACUGUGAUAAACCUUUAGUUUUAUACGGCGAGGGAGGUUGUGGGAAAACUUCUCUGCUUGCGAUGUCAGCGGGUUUAACCUCCUCUGAAUGGUUCAAAGGGAAGAAACCAAUCUGUAUUGUUCGAUUUUUGGGUACCACGCCUGACAGCAGUGCUUUAACUCCUGCCUUGAUCUCAAUCUGUCAGCAGAUUUCGUACAAUUACAUGAUUUCUUUUGAGGAUAUUCCGGAUGAUCUUGUUCCCUUAACCGCACAUUUCAAGCAUUUGCUCGUGAAUGCAACACGGGAGCAGCCUCUCUUUGUGUUUUUGGACUCAGUUGAUCAAUUGACCGGCGCGCAAGAUGCGAACAAAGUUUCUUGGUUACCCACUCGUCUUCCCCCUAAUUGUAAGUUAAUCGUAUCUUGUGCUGCAGAAGAAGAUAAUGCUGAGGUAUCAACGGAGUAUCAUUUACUCAGACGUAUGAUCGACGUACCUGAAAACUUCAUAGAAGUAACAGCUUUGGGAGAAGAGUUGGCGAUGCAAGUUGUUAGAAUGUGGAUGAAAACAGCUCAUCGGGAUUUGACCAAUUACCAGUGGAGGUUAGUUGCCAAUGCCAUCGGACAGUGCUCGCUUCCGAUAUUCGUCAAACUCGUUUUCGCAGAAAUUUGCCGAUGGAGAAGUUACACCAAACCUCAAGAGACUCAUUUAGCCUCCACAGUGAUGGACUCAAUCAUGAUGUUGUUCGAGCGAAUAGAAAAACAGCAUGGGCGUAUAUUGGUUUUUCAUGCUUUGGCCUACAUUACGGCCGCCAAGAGCGGGUUAUCCGAGUCGGAAUUGGAAGAUUUAAUUUCUCUUGAUGACCGAGUGUUGGACGAUGUCUAUCAGUACCAUUUACCCCCUGUGCGGAGGAUACCCCCUCUUCUAUGGACCCGUAUACGUAAUGAUCUGCCUAAUUAUUUAUCGGAGCGAGAGGCUGAUGGUGUUAGCGUCAUGAAUUGGUAUCACAGGCAAUUUCGAGAUGCGGCAAAAGAAAGGUAUUUCAAGAACAUGAACAUGGCUCUUUAUUUCCACUCGUCCAUUGCCGAUUACUAUCUUGGGAUAUGGGGUGGUGGCAACCCAAAACCAUUCAAAUACACAGAAAUUCAAAGGCAUAGGUUCAAUUUAACAGACAAAGAAGGCUCAGCCGAUCGAAAGGUACCCGUGCAGCCUUUAGUUUUUUAUUCAAAGGAUGGGAAAGUCACCCGUUAUAAUUUACGAAAGUUCGGAGAGCUCCCAUACCAUUUUGUGCGAUCUCGGCGUUUUCAAGAUUUGUACAAAAAUGUUCUUUUCAACUACCAGUGGUUGCACGCCAAACUGUCUUCAUGUCCUCUUCAAGCUGUUUUAAGUGAUUUUGAAGACGCGUGCAUGAAUAUUGAGGAUAAAGAGGCAACUCGGGAACAGCUAAGAGCAAUGAAAAGGGAACUAAUGCUGGUGGCAGAUGCUUUAAGACUCGGAGGCGCAAUUUUGAGCGUCUACCCGGAUAUGUUGGCCCCUCAGCUGAUUGGACGUCUCCUUCCUGAAAUUGGAUCGAAUCCCAACGUCAAAAGCCUCUUGCGAGAGUGCGAUGAUAAGGGUCCUGAAAACUGUGCUUUGCUGCCGUUCUAUCACUGUCUGCAUACACCAGGUGGCCCUUUAAAGUAUUCUUUGGAAGGACAUCAAUUCGCUGUCUUUGAUUUCUGCCUGACCGCCGACUACAGAUACAUCGUUUCGAUCUCUAAUAAGUUCAUCACUUGGGACCUCUCGACGAGUGAUAUGACACGAGACGUGAAUCCUGGCCUCGAGGGUAUAAUGCAAAAGCUGUGCCUCAGUCCGGAUAAUCGAUUCGCCGCUGCUUACACCAAUAACAAUCAAACAGUGUUACUGAACUGCUUGACGAGUGAAUUCAUUGUGAUCAACAAUCCUCUAUCAGAGAAUGAAAACGUGGAAGGAGUAUUUCUUCUGAAUGCACAUUUGUUUAUUCAUGGUCCUGCCUCUUGGUGCCAACUGGAUAUGAGAGGAAACGUUGAAAAUAGUCGUAAAAGUCCCGAAAAUCCAAAUGAGUGGCCUUUACUGUCAUUGGAAUACACGACUUUAGACACUUAUCAGUUCCUCUUUUGGUCCGGAUCGUUAGACGAUUCAAGAAUGUUGCUCCACUCAGCAAAAUAUGGAGCUGAUUUCGAUCCUCUACAUUUUCACAGUGCCAUAGUUUUAACGAGUGAUAAAACGAAACUUUUCUGUUGCUCAGAAAAAGGAGGGUAUACAAUUUCCGAAUUCCAGGCGUCUGAAGAUUCCAAGAGGUGGGAAUUCGUCAAAUCUUUACCGUAUCCUUGCAAUGAGACUGUGGAGACACUGUUGCAACUAAAAUUUGAUAAAGGAGAAAGUGUCCUCUUGGGGACGACAGCAAACGGUUUCAUUGUGUGGCAUUUGGAGCAAGACACAGCUAUCGCACUGAGUCUACCUCAUGGCGUUCGAAAUAUUUCCACUAGAAUAUUGAGCUCGAAUUCAUGUAUGCUUUCCGCUGCUCAUGAUUACGUGGUUGCUGGAGUGAGAAAAAAUUUAUAUGUCUGGGAGUUGAAAACGAAAGACUUGGUCAAAGUUUUGGAUGCUCAUUUUGGACGAAUAAUGUCUCUAGAGGCUUUAACAAUCGGCAAUUGGAACUCUGUGAUUACGUCUUCAAUCGACAGAUCAGUAAAAGUAUGGAAUAUAAAUAAUAUUUUUGAACAAGUUCACGUCAUUGAUCGACAUGAAUUGCAGAUUGAUUCUGUCUGCAUAGCAAAAACUAUCGACAUCGCCGUGACGGUGACUCGUGGCUGCGUCGGAGUUUGGGAUUUGCAGGUUGGUCGUCUGGUCGCUCAACUUGCUGACAGCCCUCUUGGUGCCAUCGUGACGCAUGCUCUCAUAACACCCGAUGGCAGGUAUAUUGUCUCUUCUGAAUCGGGAAACCUGCUAAUUUGGAAUCGAGCUACGGAGCAGGUUAUGUUCAGGGAGUCCCAACCAGGAAUCGAGCAGCUCACAUUCUUAGAGGAGGGAACGAGAGUUUUGGCAAUUUCCAAGCCUGUUCCGGCUGCAGGAGCGGAAGUUCCUGCUCGCACCUCCGCCACCGGCGUCACGAGAACAGUGCCAACUGGAAUGCGAAUGUUCUCAUUUGACUACCCUGUCCGAAAUAUCGCCGGCGUGCCUUUCAAGGAGGCUGUGGUUACAUGUGAUGAUCAAAAUAUCGUUGCUAUCGGAGCUGACAAAGGGCACAGGGAAGCUGUCUACGUUUUCAACGCUCGAACCGGUCAGCUAGUCUCCAAAAUACCACUGAGGAUACCAGGAGUAAAGGAUAUCAUGUUUUUGGUGCCAAUGCCGCACAAAGCCAACCUGAUUGCGAUGAUCGAUCCAGAGAAGGCAACCUUACUGGAUACCCGCAGUAAACGCUGCUCGCGCACUCUACCGCGAUGGGGUGGCAACUGCACAAAAGACGGAAAAUACGGGCUGUACGCACCAUCGAGAGGAGGCCUUGAAUUACUGGAACUGAAAAAAGGCAACACGGUAAAAACAUUCAUUCCAAAGGUGGCAGAGGGUGUCUUCUCUGUUAUUUGCAUGUUCAACAAGACAGACGAAUACGUUUUAUAUUAUCACAGCGGCAAAAAAACUCUUCGAGUAUUCAGGAUAGCGGAUGCAGAGAUGAUAGCGAACUUCCGGGUGCAGGCAGAACUGAGUGCAGUGGAGAGCACCGAAGAUGGACGUGCUGUCGUCCUGGGCACCGUCGACGGAUGUUUGUCUGUCCUCGCCAUUGCCGAUGUAAACAAACCCGAAAUGGUCCAGUUUCUCACCGCAUUGCCCUCGCGAAAUAAAACUGAAACAACCUAAAUUCAACGGCAUGAAAGAUAAUAACGAAGCUGAGAAGUAGGCAAUUAUACUCCAAAACAACACUUACACGCUCUGGUUUAAUUGUUAGAAUAAAAUCAAGAGCAAAACUUUUGACGAUAUUCGUAGUUCUGCCUCGAGAUGCAGUGGGAAGAAUUGCAGCUGAAGGCUCGGUAGAAGGUUUUGUUACAAUGUUAUACGUGAAAAUUUGUAUCUCGCUCUUUUUGGAAAGCUCUUGGAUGUGACUGACGGCGAUUCUUCCAUUUUAGUCUGUACUUAAAAUUGUAAGAAUGUACUAUUAAAUUAUUUUUGUAAAGGA